AUGGAAUUAUUAACAGACGAUCAAAAAAAUGAAUUUCAAAUUUGUUUCACACAAUUCGAUAAAGAUAAUGAUGGAAGACUUAAUCCAAAAGAAUCAGUUAUGGCAUUGAAAUCAUUGGGUGUAAAUUUACCAGAAUCUGAUGUUUCAUCAGGCACAGAUUUUAAUGGUUUCUUACAAGUUGUAGUUAGAAAACUUCAAAUUACUGAUCCAGCUGAUGAAUUAAAAAGAGCUUUUAAUUGUUUUGAUACAGAUGGUACUGGUUCAAUUUCAGCACAACAUUUAAAACAAAUUCUUACAACAUUAGGUGACACUUUAACAUCUCAAGAAGCAGAUGAAUUAAUUAGGGAUACUGAUACCGAUAGAGAUGGUUAUAUUUCUUCAGAUGAAGCUACAAAAUUAAUUCUUUCAAAAUUACAAUAA